AUGGAGGUCUGCCACGAUGACUUGCAAGUCAUCACCAAGAAAUAUGACGUCUGUGUCUUGGGUUCGACCAAUGUUGGUAAGUCAUCAAUGAUUUAUCGUUUCAUUCAUGAUCAAUUCAUGGAGAAUAUCGAAGGACAGGAUUUAUACACCAAGAAAUAUAUCAACAAACAAGGUGAUUGUGAUAUUUUAACCAUUUAUGAUUCAGAUUUUACUAAUGAUAUGUAUAUGAAAAGCAUGCAACUAUCAAUAAUUAAUGCAUCUUGUUUAAUUUUUGCUUAUUCUAUUGAUAACUUAACUUCGUUCUUAUCGAUUGACGAUUAUUAUCAUCAUAUCAAUCUGUUUCGAAAAGAAAUGCCUCCGAUUUUUAUCAUUGGGUGUAAAUCAGAUUUGGAAAUACAACGACAAGUUCCGUAUGAAGAAGGAGCCGAAUUGGCAAUAAAAUUGAGAGCUUGUUCGUUUCAUGAGUGUUCAGCAAAGGAGAACGUUGGAAUUGAUGAACUUUUCCAAGAUGUUAUUGAUGUAUUGAGUGAUUUAAAAGUCGAAUCACAACAAACCUCACAAUAUCAUGAACAUAUAAAUGGGGGAAGUACUGGUGCCUUCCCACGUACGAUUGGUGAUUUAUCAAGAAGCAGUUCAAUGAGCUUCAGUAACAACAAUUCACUUCAUGCUAUGAGAACUGAUUCACUGGUUCAUGUAAAGCCACAUCUGCCAUCACAAUUACGACAGGUACAUUCUUCCAAGUCGAUUCAACUUGCAAAGGGAGAAAAUUCGGUUACCGGCAGCAAAACUGGUACGCAAUUGGAAAAAAUUCUUCAAGAACAUCACGAAGGCACAUCCACUUCACAAACUACCCUUGCUGAAGGCGACACCGCACUUGCACAAACCAAUAUUGAACUCAGAAAUGAGCAGGUUAAUACCAUUUCCGAGAAGAAACACAAAAUAGGGAAUAAAAGGGGUUCCAAUAGGCAAUACUCAACAACAGGGGAGCUUGACCACCCGAAGAACAAAUGCUGUGUUAUCACCUGA